AUGUACAACAUCGUGGUCGGAAAGUGUUGUGGCGACGAUGCGGUUUCAAAGAAAGCGUGCCCCCUUGCGCAGCAGUACAUGCAGAACUUGUUGAAACUGUUUACGGAAGACGUGGGCCCCAUGUUGCAGGCCGUGCAGUGGCUGAUCACCGGCAAGAUGUUGCCCCAGCAAGUGUUCACAUGGGAAAUGAAGGAUGACUCGAUGGAGUAUUUUCUGGCCGAUAUGGUUUUGCCAGUAAUGUUCGGCCAGUUGGUGAGAAGAUAUACCAAUCCAAUGCGAGCCGAACUGGAGGCCGAGAGGGAUCACCUGCGGCACACCCUAUUCAAACAGCUCACCAGUAUACUGCUGUCCGGCCAGAACCUGACAGAAGCCGAGACGGACACGUCUGAAUUGCACGGAGUUCACGAAGCAGUUCAGAGGAGGAGGGAGGAAGAUGGGUGGAUUGAAGAGGAAGAAGCAGAUGUGGAAGACGAGAUGGAGGAGGAGGAAGACGACGAUUGGCAGGAGCCAGUAAAGGCAAAAUGGCGCGAAGAGCCGAAGGCCCCUUUAAAAUUAUUCUACUUUUGCCCUGCUGACAUCACGCUGCUCCUUCCGCUGCUUUCGUGGAUAGGAGCCGAGCGUGGGCCCCGCCCAGCUUUUCCCCUUGGGCCCUGGGGGCUUGUGGUCGGGCCCGCGUGGCCACUCAUCUCGGCUCUUCCCGUGCCGCGCCCCCUCCAAAAGAUGGUCGUCGCCCAGCUGUCGUUGUUGGCGCUCCCGAUGCUGCUGCUCGUGGCCCAGCAGGCAUCGGCCGGUCCAGUCGACGAACAUGGGCGCAUCAGGAAGAGUCCCUAUGUGGACUUCUCGUCGCCGGACCUCGUUCAGCCAUUCAUCCGGUUCCGCCGCGGGGCCCCCGAGGAGGAUCUGCAGCACUUCUUGCGGUUCAGGAAAUCUGACCCAUCCUCCGAUCCGGUCCACCAUUUUAUCCGUUUCCGCAAAAGCGAUGAUGCCCUGCAGCCGUUCAUCCGCUUCCGGAGAGCAAUGGACGAGCUCCACCCCUUCCUUCGUUUCCGGCGGUCCGCUUCCGAGGUCCUCCCCGAGCCCGCCGGUCUUGACGCAGAA